UUCACCGAUAAAUGUGAGUUCAGACACCUGCAGCAAUGGCUCACCUGACCGGCACCCGCGUGAGCACCUUCAACGAGAGCUUCCUGAACGAGAAUGAGCACGAUUCGAAUGCGGUGCUCAUGGAAUUGGACAAGGGACUGCGGAGCGCCAAGCAGGGAAUCCAAUGCGAGGCGAUCGUCCGCUUCCCGCGGCUCUUCGAGAAGUAUCCUUUCCCGAUCCUCAUCAACUCGUCGUUCAUCAAGCUGGCCGAGUUCUUUGUCAGCGGCUCGAAUCUCCUGCGUUUCUGGGUGCUCCGCGUCUGCCAGCAGAGCGAAAAUCACCUGGACAAAAUUCUGAAUAUCGACAACUUUGUGCGCCGCAUCUUUAUGGUCAUGCACUCCAACGAUCCGGUGGCGCGGGCUCUGCUUCUGCGCACCCUGGGCGCCGUUUCGCGUGUGAUCCCCGAGAAGCAACAGGUGCAUCAUGCCAUCCGGCGUGCUUUGGAUAGCCACGAUACCGUCGAAGUGGAGGCGGCCAUCUACGCCAGCAGCUGCUUCGCCGCGCAGUCCAGUUCGUUUGCCAUCAGCAUGUGCGCCAAGAUCUCGGACAUGAUUGAAUCGCUGCAGGUGCCGGUGCCGAUGAAGCUGCUCCUGAUUCCCGUCCUGCGGCACAUGCAUCACGAGGCCACCACAGCGGCGCUGGUUAGCAGGCUGUGCAUGGAUCUGCUGCCCAAAUAUCCAGCGCAGAGUUUUGUAGUGGCCAUCAUAGACACCCUCACGCAGUUGUCCUCGCGCACGCUGGUUGGAGUGCCUGGUCAGCUGGAUGUCCUGCUGGAUUUUAUGCAGGAUUUAAGGACACCCGUAAGGAUUCAAGUGCUGCGUUCAUUUAACGAGCUGGCGGGAAGGCAGAGUGUUCAUGCCUGGCCCAAACCGGUGAUUGGAGCGCUUAUUGGCCGCUUUGAGCUGUGCAGCAACUCCCAGGAGCAGUUCCUCUUCCUCUCCAUCCUGCUGAAGCUCAGCGAGUGCCCUCUGACAUGCCAGCAGCUGUUGCGCGACCAUCGCGCGGCUCUGCUCCGCCUGUGCAUCCAGUGCAUCAGCAAGCUGGACGACUACACCACCGCCACUCAAGCGAUGGCGGUGCUCUCUGUGCUAGUCGCUUUCGGUCUGAAAAAGCAGGCCAGCGGUGAGCAGGUGGAGGACAUUCUGCACAUGGUCAACCUUCACAUGGAGGGAUUGCUUCUCUGCACAGCCAAGCGGGCGGAGUGCACGCGGGAUUUGCGUAGGGUGCUGACGUACGGCAUUAGGAUCACCCAGGCGAACGCGGAGUUUGGAACCUCAUUCAUCGAAAUCGUGACCAAUACGCUGGGCGAUAAGGUGGCCUAUCCGCCGGCCAAUGCGGAACUGAUGUGCGAGGCACUGGUUGGCCUCUGCGAGCACUUCCAGUUGCGCAAGUACGCGUUCUCCACCGCAGAGGAAUUAAUAGGCGAUGAUAGCGCCAUGGACACCGAUGAACCGCAACCAAACAAGGUAAAUCCCAUGCUGGCCCGCCUGCCGCUCAUCCUGCACAAGCUAAACACUAUAAUAGACCAGGAGAGCUGCGAUCAGCAGUUGCGCACCGUGGAGAUCUUGAGUGCUCUGGUGCUGCAGACCACCAUGGGCUGUUAUCUGCCGCAGAAGGUGGUGCAGUGCUUUGAAAAGUGCCAGAGCAGGCUCAAUUGCUGGACUCUCUACAGGAUUGCCCGCACUGCCAGUCGCUAUGGCCACCACUAUGUGGCUGCUCACAUAUACACGAAGGUCUCGCAGAUAGUCAUCAGCGAUCAUAUGCACUAUUUCCUCGUGGCUCUGUCGCAGAUCUCGCAGGCGGAGUGUAUACUCAAUUACGGCUUGGAGUACUCGUACAUGCGGGAUAAUUAUGCACCUAAAGCGGCGCCGGAACCUCUGAUGCCGCUGAUGAAGCGUCUGGAAACGGCCAGUAAUCUCUAUCAGCAGGCUUUAGCUAGCCUACGAGCCUGCUCAUCGCCGCAGCAUCCGUGCACCUUUCAACUGGAGUAUCUAAAGAUUAGAGCACAGUUCCUGCAGACCCUUCACCUCGCGGUGACGGUGAAAAAUGCCCAGGUGAUCGUGCCACCACCUGCGAUUGCAGGCAGUUUGGCCCAGAACUCAAGGGAUUACCUGCAGAAGUUUGGCCAUGUCACCAAUCAGCUGCGCAAGCUGGUAAAGGCUUUAAAGGCCUGCGAGGAAACCUAUGCCAGACUCUACAAGUCGUCUUUUGAUGCCGAUCAUGUGACUCUGGAGUUUCUGGAGGUGGCUGAAUUUCAGUGUGCUCUUUUCGCACACAUCAUCGAAUCGAUUUGCUAUGCCACACCGCCGGAACCACCUGUAUUCCUAACCACUGGCGAUCAUCCGGAGACGCGCUACUUUGCCGCCAGUUGCCAGCGCAUGGAGCAGAUGCAGAAGAACCUGCCGCAGGAGUCGGCCAACGCCAAGACGAUUAGCAAUCGACAUUUGGAUGUUAUUAUUGCACAGAUAGAGAUAAUAACGAAAACUCCGCUGUGUCUGCCGCGCUACUUCUUCCAGAUUUUGCAGUCCACGCAGAUCAAGCUGUCGGUGAGUCCGCAGCCCAGGAGUGCCACCGAACCGGUGAACGUUCAGUCGGGCAGUAAUCUGGUGAUCAAGGUGGAGGGUGUCCUGCAGCAUUUCAGCAAGCAGCAGAAGCAUUUCCGGCGCGUGGAGUCCGUGCAGCUGAGUCUCACCUCGCAGUUGAUCACGCCGCCACCGCGAUCCUCGCAAGAUCCGCCCAAAACGGGAGCCAACGACACUGUCACCUUGAAUCAGAUUGUGAAGCCGCAACGCGACUUCCUCUCCGGCAGCUUCCUGCUGCCCAUCUCCAGUGGGGGUCACUUUCAGGUGACGCUGGAAACAUUUGUGGUGGACGAGAAUGGGAUAACCUGGUGCACGGGGCCCAAAUCAUCGAUGGUUGUGCGAGUGCUGGAGGAUCCAAGCAAACAGGGAGCACCAGCGCCGAGUACUUCUCAAGCGGUGGGACAGACGAGGAGAUUUUAG